CAAUUCUUCAAGCCCUUAAAACCCUAAACCCUAGUUUUUCAAAACUUUUUUCUUUCCUUCAUGGCAGGGUAUGGUUGGAAUUUAAGGCAUGGUAAUGUGCAAGGACUAAACCGUGGACGACAACAACUCCCUCAUAAUCCUUCACAAAUUGCAUGUCGUUUAUGUGAUCAAGUUUUCUUGAGCACACAAGCUCUCAUAAACCAUAUAGAAACUCACAUGGUUGAAGAUGAAGCAAAAGCUGCUUCAAGAAGGCAACAAAAACAACAAGAAGAACAACAGCAGCAAACAAACUUCAUGUCCACACAAAGAGACCUUUUUGCUGUCAACCCUUUCCGUCCCGCUUUUCCGUCACCGACACCGGUGCCGACGCUGCCACCGUCCACUCUUAAAGCGCAGACAUUUUUUCCAGUGCAAUUCUCAUCACCUUUGCCUAUUGUCCCCCAGAUUGUUAAUUCUCAGCCUCUAAUCCUCCCACCACCGACACCGCCACCGGUUUCUCCUUUGAUGAGAAACAACAUGAUGACGGUUGGGACACCGGUGAUGACACCGAUUAUGACUUUCGUCCCACCUCCGAUGCAGCAGCGGAGAUCGGUGGCUAUAGAGGAGAUUAAUGCUAGUGACUAUACCAAACCUCUUCUUAGUCUGUUGGAGCGCCCUAUUCAGAAACCAAGUGAGGUGGUAGAGAAGGCAAAUGGGAUUGUGCUUGAUUUGACCUUGAAACUGUGAAACAUAUCAAAUAGGGAUGGAAUUUUUAGGCUAAUUUAGAUAGGAAUUGUGUAGGCUGUUGAA